UAGUCACUCGUACGAGACGCGCGAUUGCACCGAUCUCUGGCAACCCCAUCUCCACCACCCAUUUCGGGUGACCUCUAGAAGCGCCCGAGUCCCGUUCCGGGCUCUUUCUCUCUCCCACGGAUAACCUGUGGAGUCAUUAUCGAUUAGACAAGAGCCUGGAGAGUCUAUUCCGAGUGCUUAUCAAUUUUCCAUGGUGGCGGAAACAGACACAGUGCAUGACUGCCACUUAACUUCCAUAAAUAGGGUCAUAUGUAGCUCUGGCAAGGCCAGAAGUAUUCACUCCACUCCGGGCACUCGGUGAGUUCCCAACAAGGCCAGAAGUAUUCACUCCACUCCGGGCACUCGGUGAGUUCCCAACGAGUUCCAAGCUCCCAUCUCCCAGCUCUCCUUGGCAAUACACGGAUAAUUCAAUCACACCGCUCUUGAUCUGAUAAUCAAGUCGCUCAAGUCACCCAGCAUGGUAUGCGAGGGAACCCACUUUGAUGGUAAAAUUCCGCACACUUUUGUGAUCUUUGGCGCUUCGGGCGAUCUGGCCAAAAAAAAGAUCUAUCCGACCUUGUGGUGGCUAUACCGAGAUGACCUACUCCCCAAGCCUACCAAAUUCUGUGGAUAUGCCCGCUCCCAGCUGUCGAUAGCGAAGCUCAAGGAGAGCUGCAAGCAGUACAUGAAGGUGCAGCCACACGAGCAGACCAAAUACGAGGAGUUCUGGGCCCUCAACGAGUAUGUGGCUGGCAGCUAUGACGGACGCACAGGAUUCGAGCUACUCAACCAGCAGCUGGAGCUCAUGGAGAACAAGAACAAGGCGAACCGCAUCUUCUACCUGGCCCUGCCGCCCAGCGUCUUUGAGGAGGUGACCGUCAACAUCAAGCAGAUCUGCAUGUCUGUCUGCGGCUGGAACCGUGUGAUUGUGGAGAAGCCGUUUGGACGGGACGAUGUCUCCUCAAAAGCGCUGAGCGACCAUCUGGCAGGGCUCUUCCACGAGGAGCAGCUCUACCGCAUCGAUCACUAUCUGGGCAAAGAGAUGGUACAGAACCUGAUGACCAUACGCUUCGGCAACAAGAUCCUCAGCUCCACGUGGAAUCGCGAGAACAUUGCCUCGGUGCUAAUCACGUUCAAGGAACCAUUCGGCACACAGGGCCGGGGCGGCUACUUCGACGAGUUCGGCAUCAUACGUGACGUGAUGCAGAAUCAUCUACUGCAGAUCCUCUCUCUGGUGGCCAUGGAGAAGCCGGUCAGCUGCCAUCCGGACGAUAUACGCGACGAGAAGGUGAAGGUGCUCAAGUGCAUAGAGGCCCUGCAGCUGGACGACAUGGUGCUGGGACAGUACGUUGCCAAUCCGCAGGGAAAAACCGAGGACGAGCGCACUGGCUAUCUGGACGAUCCCACAGUCAGCAAGAGCUCGAGUACACCCACUUACGCUCUGGGCGUGCUCAAGAUCAACAACGAGCGCUGGCAGGGCGUUCCCUUUAUCCUGCGCUGCGGCAAGGCACUGAACGAGCGCAAGGCGGAGGUGCGCAUCCAGUAUCAGGACGUUCCCGGCGACAUCUUUGAGGGAAACACGAAGCGCAACGAGCUGGUGAUACGCGUCCAGCCGGGCGAGGCGCUCUACUUUAAGAUGAUGACCAAGAGUCCCGGCAUCACGUUCGACAUCGAGGAAACGGAGCUGGAUCUGACGUACGAGCAUCGCUACAAGGACUCGUAUCUGCCGGACGCCUAUGAGCGUCUCAUUCUCGACGUGUUCUGCGGCUCCCAGAUGCACUUUGUCCGCUCCGAUGAGCUGCGCGAAGCGUGGCGCAUCUUCACGCCUAUUCUGCAUCGGAUCGAGAAGGAUCACAUUAGGCCGCUCACCUACCAGUACGGAUCGCGGGGCCCCAAGCUGGCAGAUCUUAAAUGCGAGGAGAACAACUUCCAGUACUCCGGAUCGUACAAAUGGCACAACAGCAAGGCCACUGCCCCUACCCCCACCCCCUCAAAUCACUGACCGAUGAACUCCAGCUUCACAUUUAAUAUGCGGUUGGAUAAUGGGCUAAUGGGGUGGUUCUCGACAUUGUGAUCGUUGUUUACAUACGUCUUAAUCAUAAUAUCAUUUAAAGCAACUCUCCCUCUCGUUUGGCACUCUCUCUCUUAUUUACUUAGUACUAUAUACGAGUAUACUAUGUACAUAUUCGCUUAUGUAUGUAUUCUUUGGUUA